AUGUCCUCCUUCAAAUUAGCUUCAGAAUUACCAGCUUGGAAACAAUUACAAGAAACUUACAAUUCCAUUGGUAAGGAUUUCAGUGUUAAAGAUGCUUUUGCUAAAGAUUCUUCUAGAUUUUCCGAAUUUUCUAGAACUUUUGAAAACUUUGAUGGUUCCAAAAUCUUAUUCGAUUUCUCCAAGAAUCUUGUUAACAAGGAAAUUCUCAAUCAAUUAGUUCAAUUGGCUAAGGAAGCAAAUGUUGAACAAUUGAGAGAUGAAAUGUUUGCUGGUAAACAUAUCAACACUACUGAAGACAGAGCUGUCUACCACGUUGCCUUAAGAAACCGUGCCUUGAGAAAAAUGGCUGUUGAUGGAAAAGAUACUGCUAAGGAAGUUGAUGAUGUCUUACAACACAUGAAGGAAUUCUCCAACGAAGUUAGAGAUGGUAAAUGGACUGGUUACACUGGUAAAGCCAUUACUGAUGUUGUUAAUAUUGGUAUUGGUGGUUCCGAUUUAGGUCCAGUUAUGGUCACUGAAGCCUUAAAAGCUUAUUCUAAACCAAACUUAGAUGUUCAUUUCGUGUCUAAUAUUGAUGGUACCCAUUUAGCUGAAACCCUCAAGAACUUGAAUGCUGAAACCACCUUAUUCUUGAUUGCUUCAAAGACCUUCACCACUGCUGAAACCAUCACUAACGCUAACUCCGCCAAGAAAUGGUUCUUGGAACAAGCCAAGGAUGCAUCUCAUAUUGCCAAGCAUUUCGCCGCUUUAUCCACCAACGAAGAAGAAGUUGCUAAAUUCGGUAUUGACACCAAAAAUAUGUUUGGUUUCGAAAACUGGGUUGGUGGUCGUUAUUCCGUUUGGUCUGCUAUUGGUUUAUCCGUUGCCAUCUACAUUGGUUUCGAUAACUUUGAACAAUUCUUAAAGGGUGCUGAAGCUGUUGACCAACAUUUCUUAACCACCCCAUUAGAAAACAACAUUCCAGCUUUAGGUGGUUUAUUAUCUGUCUGGUACAAUAACUUCUACAAUGCUCAAACUCAUUUGGUUGUUCCAUUUGAUCAAUACUUACACAGAUUCCCAGCUUACUUGCAACAAUUAUCUAUGGAAUCAAAUGGUAAAUCCGUCACCAGAGCUAAUGUCCAUGCUAACUACGAAACCGGUACUAUUCUCUUUGGUGAACCAGCCACUAACGCUCAACAUUCCUUCUUCCAACUUGUUCAUCAAGGUACCAAAUUGAUUCCAUCUGAUUUCAUCUUGGCUGCUCAAUCUCACAACCCAAUUGAAAACAACCUCCACCAAAAGAUGCUUGCAUCCAACUUCUUUGCCCAAGCUGAAGCUUUAAUGGUUGGUAAGACCACUGAAGAAGUCAAGGCUGAAGGUGCUACUGGUGGAUUGGUUCCACACAAGGAAUUCUCCGGUAACCGUCCAACCACCUCCAUCUUAGCUCAAAAGAUUACUCCAUCUACUCUUGGUGCUUUAAUUGCCUACUAUGAACACGUUACAUUUGUUGAAGGUGCCGUCUGGAACAUUAACUCUUUCGAUCAAUGGGGUGUUGAAUUAGGUAAGGUCUUAGCUAAGGUUAUUGGUAAGGAAUUAGACAGUGAAAAGAAGGUUGAAUCUCAUGAUGCAUCAACUAGAGGUUUGAUUAACCAAUUCAAGGACUGGUCUAUCUAA